AUGGCUACGCUCUCCUCGCAUGAGAAGGGCGAGCACGGCAACGGCUAUUACGGCGCAGUGCUGGAGCGCGCGACGGCAGCGCUUGACCAGGACCGCUCGGAGCGGCUGCUGGAGGCCACGACCUCGCAGCAGCCCGUGGCCGCCGCGGCGCCGCCCGCCGCCGCCGCGGCGCCCACAGCGGCCGCGCCGAGGCCGCCGCCGGCUGCGGGCGCCAGUCCGGCGCUCUCGGCGGCCGCCGCCGCGCGGCACUGCCGCGCACCCGCGGCGGGCGAGGCCGCCCCGGCGCCGAUGGCCGCCCAGCGCGGCAGCCGCGCAGUGGGGGCGUCGAUCGCCGUGCACCCGCCGCGCUUCUACGCGGUGGCGCAGUUCCUGCGGGAGCUCGCAGCGUGCCCGGCCGCGGCGGCGGCGCUGCGCGUCUUCUUGGUGUUCUCGGAGCGGGCGGACCUGGAGCUCUUCGGGGCCGCCCUGAGGUGCCUGGAGCCAGACGUCCCUGUGGACAUCUGGGAGCCGGUCGUGGCCGACGCCCCGCUGACUGGGAAGCGCGUCGUGGGGAAGUUCGGCAUGUUCGAGUCCCAGUUCGUGGCGGCCUACAAGAAGUGGUACGGCAUCGCGCACAUGAUGGACCUGGAUCCAGACGAGGCCCCCGAGUACGGCCUGAUGCUCGACGCCGAGCUCCUCCUCUUCGAGCUGCACGCCCCCCCCGGCCACCAGCACGGCUGCUUCGCGGGCAGUGGCUGGGAGUUCCUGCUGGAUCGCAUCAGGAGCAAGGAGGCCUCGAAGGAGUGGCCCGCUGCCCAGGUGUCCAGCACGCUGAAGGUCUACAAGACUGGUGACGACAUGCUCUCUGGAAAGGACUUUGACCGCAAGCUCAUCAACGGCAACGCCAGGUUUGUGACCAAGGGCGCUUGGCGCCCCGACGACGACAGGAAGUGCCGGUCGGAGGGCUGCGGCGAGCUGCGGCGGCAGUGGCGGGACGCGCUCUUCUCCUGGUGGACGGACCUCCCGUGGAUGAACUUGUCCGUCGCCCGGCGGAUGCUGAGGCACCUCGCCGACGCGAAGCCAGCAGAGGAGGUCGGUGGAGGGGCUGCCCGCAUGGGAAGGGAGGACGAGGAGGACAGUCGGGAGCAGCGCCGUUAG